AUGCCAUCUCAGAUCGUGCCUUACGGGCAUUGGACUAGUCCGCUCACGGCAGAGCGUCUAGCCAAGGACAGCAUCACACUCCACGAACUAGCAGUGGAUGAAUGGGACGAAACUAUCUACUCUAUUGAAUGCCACCCGACAGAGGAUGGUCGCUAUGCGAUUGUCCGGCAUGUCGGCGGUGAAAGUCAAGAUGUCUUACCCAAAAACUUGAGCGCCCACGGAACAGUGCAAGAGCUUGGGGGCGGCUCUAUGAUCAUGCGACAUGAUGGACAAAUUUUAUUUGUGGAUGAAGAGUCUUGCAACUUGUACCUAUUGCACCCAGCAACAUCCGACGCUAGGCUUGUUCAUUCUGCGGACGAGGGAAUCCGGUAUGCCGACUUCUGCAAUCACCCCACAAAUCCCGAGUGGAUCGUAGCUAUCAAAGAAGAUCAUCGGGAUGCUACACCGGAAACACAGGCUACGGAUGUUCAUAACACACUGGUAGCGAUCAAUAUCGAAUUGGGUACAGAGAUUACCAUCGCUCAGGGAGACGAUUUCUAUUCCCAUCCCAAAUUCGAUCCUACGGGUCAGUAUGUUUCAUGGAUUCAGUGGUCGCAUCCCGAUAUGCCAUGGACUGGAACAGUGCUUCACUACGCACAGUGGAAUGAUGGGUCUUUGAAUAAUAUUACCCGAAUCGCCGGUAAAUCCCAGGAAGAAAGUAUUGCACAGCCUAAAUGGAGUCCAGAUGGACUGUUGUGUUAUGCGAGUGAUCGCACUGGCUUUUGGCAACUUUACUUCUUCAAUCCAAGUGACCAAAAGGAGCGCAGUUUGUCGCUGGAGGGGUUGGAAAAUGCCGAUUUUGGAACUGACGAGUGGGAGCUUGGGAGCUCUACAUAUAUCUUCCUUGAUGCUAAAACGGUAGUUGCAACGGCCAUUACCAACGCAACCGCCAAAGUUAUUCUCGUCGACACCGCUAUAUCUUCCUUUGAAGAUCUAGAGCUCCCUUAUGUGAGCGUUUUCGAAAUCCGUCGAGUCUCUCCAACUUCCUUUGCGAUUGUAGGAACCUCAACUACCUCGCCUGAGGAGCUUGCACUAGUUUCAAUCGAUUCCAAUUCCAAAGCUGAAUGGACCGUUCUGACUUCAACUGCGACCUUCGAACUUCCUUCCGAAUACGUAUCGAUUGCAAAGGAAUUGAAAGCUCCCCAGAAGUAUGGGCCAUUGACUGACGGCCACGUCCACAUGUUCUACUUCCCACCGUGUAAUCCUGAAUUCCAGGCAGAUGAAACGACCCUUCCUCCACUGCUAGUUUAUGUCCACGGGGGGCCUAAUGGAUCUACAACGCCCGCACUAGAUCUGGAAAUCCAAUCAUGGACUACACGCGGCUUUGCAGUAUGCGCCGUGAACUAUACUGGAUCUACCGGAUUUGGGCGAGAAUAUCGGGAGCGACUCUCAGGGUACUGGGGUCUAGUGGAUGUGGCCGAUGCAGUCAGCGCAGUGGAAUAUCUCGUCAGCGAGGGUCUGGUAGACAAAACCCGUGUUGGGAUCUACGGCGGAAGUGCAGGCGGGUAUUUGACUCUACGAGCUUUGCACAUGUAUCCGGAAGUGUGGGCUGCCGGUAUCAGUUCCUAUGGCAUCAGCGAUGUGCGAGCUCUCCAGGCAGACUCCUACAAGUUUGAAAGUCAGGAUGUGGAUCGAUUGCUGCUUAGCAAAACUGACCCUGCAGACCGAGAACUCGAACUGACGAAACGUAGUCCGUGCAAUUUUGCCGAGCAGAUCAAGGGGGCGCUUUUACUGCUGCAGGGCACUACUGAUAUGGUGGUACCCGUUGCACAAGCUAGAAUGAUGGCUGAUGCAAUGCGGACACACGGCAGAGUGGCGGAAGUGGUAGAAUUCGAAGGAGAGGGGCAUGGAUGGGUGGGUCAGAAUGCGAUUUACGAGUCCUUAACUCGCAAAGAGGAAUGGUGGAAGAAGCAUCUUACUUGUGUGACUUAA